AUAAUAUGGGCUACGCUGGCAACCCUGCUAUCAGCUGUUUGGUUAUGUGAAUUAAUUUUUUCUAUUCUACUUGUUAAAUUUUAAUAAAAAAAUGCUGCAAAUCACAAGGAAUUGCCUGGCUAAAACUGCCACAGCUACAGUAACUCAGAGGGGCAUUGCUCUUACGGCCGCUCGAUCCAUCGAUCAAAAGUGGCGUGCAGGCAAGGGAUUGCCGGAAAACCCGAAUGCUUUUGGCCCGCUCACCAAUUUGCCAGACUUUACGUACCUUGAUGGAAGACCUACGCCCCUGGGAGCCAACCAAAAGAGACGACUGCUGAAACAACAGGAGAUUGCCACAAAGAUCGUUGAGCUAAGUGGGGAGCUGGAAUUCGCCAAGCAGCGGCAUGAACGGCUAAAGGAGGCUGCCGCAUCUGAAAAACAGCGCCUCAUCCAGAACAAACUGAAGCCCAAGGGCCACCUGCUUCUCAAGAAGUAGUUUCCCAAACAUUAGCUUGUACAUGUUUAUGAUAAGUCGCUUAGUGAAUGGAGACGAUAAUAUACGAUGGUCUUGUGAUGUGGACACAUGUUUGCCCAAAA